AUGGCUUUCCCCCGCCCACCCAUCACAUAUGCGCGUAGAAAGUCUCUGCGUGCACCUUCGUCUAAUACCCUGCCCAGUCUGACUGGCAUUUCGUCUUCUCCGCUCGAGGAUCUUUCGCCGAGCAGGCAUGAUGUGACACUCUCCGAAAUGUCGCGGCGUAUGAAGAAAAGAUCUCGGCAGGUCACCUCAGCAAAGCAGUCAGCGGUAGAUCUAGACCUCACUGAACGUCUCGCCAAGAAAUUGAGGCGUCCUUCGCAAUCUAGCCUCUAUGAUGGCGUCGAGGAUGCACUCGCUUUCACCGUGCCCAGUACGCCCGUUAACCAGCAUGAUCGCAGCCUCCCUCUCGACACUCAGCGCAUUUAUGACUCUCUAUUUGAGACCCCGUACCAACUGCGGCCCUCCGACGAAUCCCUGAUCAAAUCCUAUGUUGAACCCCUCGCUUCUGCAGACUCGCUGUCUCCGACCCCUGUUGCUCGCCAUAUGCUCUCUCGUACCAGCUCUCGUAACCUGAAAGAGAACUCUAAUCGCUUGGCUCGUCAGAGGCUUGCUUCCCCCUUCACCAGUCGUCCAGUCUCCCGUAACUCAUCUCCUCACAAGACGGUCAAAACACCAGGAAGAAGACCACUGCACACCAAGUCUCGCACGCUCUCUAGCAGCUUCGUUAACAAGCCUGUGAAGUCAGCUAGUGUGCACAAAUCGAAUGACUUUGAAAAAGACGAUGCAGGCUACGACAGUAUUUUUUCCUCGACUGCUCCCGGGUCUGCACUCAGUUCCUCGGCGCACAGCCGUACUGGAUCUAUUCCUGCAAUGCCGUCAAAUCUCUUUGAUCACAUUUCUCCGCAGGAAUGGCUUGUGCCUGCUAAAGCGCUCUCUAGGUCACCGCCAUCUCUCGAGGAUAUGGAGCUGGACGAUUGGACAGUGAAGCAUACUUCCUUUUACCUUGAUACUCCUAUAAAAAUAUCUACUCCUCCCCGCCGGCGCCGCACGACUAUAACUCUCCAUAACCACCGUACUUCUGCGUCGCUAGGAAAAUCUCAAUCCCGGACAGAAUCUAUGGACCUGACAGAUGUAGUUACCGCCACUGAGGACGAAAUUGCCCGAGGCAACGUCAGCGCGCAACCAGUACCAGAGCCUAUUCAACCUCGCAGACGCCGACGAACCGUCGUGCACAUGUCCAGCGAUAGCAUUUUUUCCUCUGCGCUCGACUUCUCGGCAUACAUGACGGAAUUCUCUCCUACCAAGGUCCAUGGAUCUGCGUCCCCUCGGCAUUCUGCGUCUUCAUCCGGCGAGCAUGCUGCCGGAACUGCUGGUGGUCCUGCGGCACCUUUGUCUCUCGAUCCUGCCUUCUCCCCGGACUUGGCGCCUUUGCAAGAUUCUCAGGAACCUCAUGCUUCGCCUAAGACUCCAGCUGGAUCAGCACAUGUGUCUCGCACUAUGCCUUUCUCGCCUGAAGCUAGCCGCCCUGGCCCAAGCCAGCGGGCCCUUCCCUUACAGACUCCCGGGAGGCGUGAACUAGACCACAUGUUUAGGACUCUUGACCUCAGUGAACCAUGCGCCCAUGAUUCAGUGGGAGGCGGCGGCUCUGAAGGAGGCUUUGAGAAGACCAUCCGGUCUGAACAGCUGCCAAGAAGUUCUCGUGCAUCGGCGGAACCUUACGAUCUCCCCGAACCCGAAUCUGAUAUCAACCUUGUUGGGGAUCCAGCUUCAGACAGCCGCGUGGGGAACGGAGAACGUGUCGCCUUACGAGCUCAUGGUCGAAAACGUGGGGACACUAUCCGUGCGUCGGACUAUGCCCGUCCUGCCCGUCCUUCCCUGCCGCAUGAGAGCGCAUCCGCCGCGCGGUCUUCUAACCCCCGGAUGGAGACGAAGAAAACUGUUGCGGCGUCUGGGACCCGCCGAACGAGAUCUGGGACCGUGACGCUGGCAAAGCCGCAGACCAAUGGCAGAGCUCAAGCGACACGACGGGCGGCAAACCUCCCGACGAUCAAGAUGCGUGUCAACGACAAGCCAUUGUCUCCGCAGGCCAGUGAUGAUGAAGAUGACGAGUUAUUACUCACGCGUGGCGUGAGCAUGCAGGAUGGUUGA